GUCUGGCAGGGGCAGCACCCAGGCCAGGAAAAAGUGUUGCUCACUUUAGACCAGUUGUGAAUUUUGAGUGAAGUAACUGGAAAAGCAACUGGAAAAGCAGAAUCCAAGAGGACAGGGAACAAAAUGAGCUCCCAGCCACUGUGGGCCGUGUGGGUUCAGUUUCUCCUGCUGUGGCUGCUGCUGCAGCUGCCUGUUCCCUGGGCAGAGGCCAGGAGGUCCAGGGGCUCGAUGCCCUGUCCGGAGGUCUGCGAUGCCACACGCUGCCCGCCACUGCCCACCUGCUCGACCGGCACGGCGCCGGUACCCGACCGCUGCGGCUGCUGCCACGCGUGCCCUGCGGCUGAGGGUCAGGAGUGUGGCGGGGCGCGGGGCCGGCCGUGCGUCUCGGGGCUGCGCUGCGGUGCCCCGUUCUCCCGGGAGCCUGCGGGGGGCGCAUGGCUGGGCACCUGCGGCUGCGUGGAGGGCGUGGAGGGCGCGGCGGUGUGCGGCAGCGACGGGCGCACCUAUCCCAGUCUGUGCGCGCUCCGGAGGGAGAACCGAGCCGCACGCCUGCGGGGCUCACCCCCGGCAGUGCCUGUACAGAAGGGAGGCUGCGGGGACACAGAGACCAAAAGUGCGGGGCGGCUCCGGAGGAAGUAUAACUUUAUCGCCGCGGUGGUGGAGAAGGUGGCGCCAUCUGUGGUUCACUUGCAGCUAUUCCGCAGAUCGCCUCUCACCAACCAGGAAAUCCCUGCCUCCAGUGGCUCUGGGUUCAUCGUGUCCGAGGAUGGGCUCAUCAUCACCAAUGCCCACGUCCUCACCAACCAUCAGAAGAUCCAGGUAGAGCUCCAGAGUGGGGCCCAGUAUGAAGCCACUGUCAAAGACGUCGACCAUAAACUGGAUCUUGCGCUGAUUAAGAUUGAGCCAAAUACUGACCUUCCUGUGUUGCUGCUAGGGAGAUCGUCUGAUCUCCGGGCUGGAGAGUUCGUGGUGGCUUUGGGCAGCCCGUUUUCUCUGCAGGACACGGUGACUGCGGGGAUUGUCAGCACCACACAGAGAGGUGGCAGAGAGCUGGGACUGAAGGAUUCAGACAUAGACUAUAUCCAGACCGACGCCAUCAUUAACCACGGGAAUUCCGGGGGGCCGUUGGUGAACUUGGACGGUGAUGUGAUUGGUAUAAACACACUGAAGGUGACUGCAGGAAUCUCCUUUGCGAUUCCCUCGGAUCGGAUCAGACAGUUCCUGGCAGAUUAUCACGAGCGCCAGUUGAAAGGAAAGGCCCCCUCACAGAAGAAAUACCUGGGUCUUCGAAUGUUGCCCCUCACCCUGAACCUCCUUCAAGAGAUGAAGAGGCAAGAUCCAGAUUUCCCUGAUGUGAGUUCUGGAGUUUUUGUAUACGAAGUGAUUCAAGGAACGGCUGCUGCAAGCUCGGGGUUGAGAGACCAUGAUGUAAUUGUCAGCAUAAAUGGGCAACCUGUCACCACCACAACUGAUGUCAUUGAAGCUGUUAAGGACAAUGACUUUCUCUCCAUCACUGUGCGUCGAGGAAGUCAAACCUUGUUUCUGACAGUCACACCUGAGAUAAUCAAUUAAGAAUCUUACUUUGAAAAACAGUCUACCAAAACCAGUUAUGUUACCUGGUUUGUAUUGAAGAAGUGGUCAAGAUGGCAGGGGCUUUAGGACAUCAAGAAAAAUGAAUGUUUUGAAUGCAUUAACACACGUGUUUGUACACACACACACACACACACACACACACACACACACACACACACACACACACACACACACGAAUCUUGAGGUUGAGGGUGCUCCGCUGUUGCAAAAAAAACAAAACAAAACAAAAACCCCUAAACAAAACCUUUUUAAGACAAGUGGAAGCAGCCAUGUGGUCUGAUAAAAUUUAAAGACUGAAAAACAGGCAAUUCCCAACUGAAUCUUGACAGGUUACUUUAGUAACCUCCUGUAUAGCCACAAACUGAUAUGUCACACAUAUGUAUAAAUAAUCUACCUAUCGAAUAUUAAGAGCCUGAAUCUGGAGUAAAAAAGGUAAUCACGUUUUAACAAUCCUCCUUUGUAUACUCAGUUUCCCAGGUUGUAUCACACUUUUGGCCAGGGAUUGUGAGUAGAAAAGUCAUCAAUUACAAGACAGAUGGAAACUAAUGACAUCAGAUUACAACACAGGAAUAUUCUCAAAAUGACAUUUUAGAAACAAUUUUGAUCCUCCAGUAUUUCUGAGAACAUCUUCCAUUAAAAUAGUUUUUGAACCAUGUAUAGACUUAUACACAGGUUCUUCUUUUUUCAAUGGAGCUUACAAACACUCAGAUUUUACAUAGGUAGGGCUGACUCAUGGCUUAAAUAGCUUAUUUUGGUUAGGAUUUUUAGUUACUGUCUUCUAGACUUGGGAGGGUUGCUGGGGAUCAAACCUGGGGACCAGUGCACAUUAGAUAAGGGCUUACCAUGGAGCAUUCCAAAUUUUUUUUUUAAUAUGGCACUCCUGGCUCUCCUUAAAGUCUAUAUGAAGCUUACUUUGUAUAUUUUUAGGUCUAGUUUCUUUACAAUUAAUCUAAAAAUAUAGCCUUGGUGUGUAGAAAUUAUGAAUUGCCUCUUCCAAUUGCUUUUGUUGUAAGUAGGGUUAAGGUUGUUGUGGUUUUAAGUUUUCACAGUUGCCAUCUUUAGUAAUGUGGGGACAGUGAUAUUAAUCGAGGAUCCUGAGGCAGAAACUUUUUUUUUUGGUUUUUCGAAGCAGGGUUCCUCUGUGUGUAUUCCUGGCUUUCCUGGAACUUGCUCUGCAAGACCAGACUAGCCUCAAACUCACAGAGAUCCACCUGCCUCGCCUCCUGAGUUCUACAAAAUGAUCCUCUGUUUCCAGGACUAAUUUUACCUGAACGUGGCGUUUCUGCUGUUUCUAGAGUCCAUGGCUAGUUAGCUGAAGUGCAGGCUCUUGGUCUAAGGACUGGGACACACAGUGACAACGGGGACUUGGGAAGGCAGAAGCUUGACUUGCUUUAACAUUGUGGCACAUGGGAAAACUUUUACUGUCCCACUUGUGUGGACAGAAUGCGUUUCCUCUCUCUCCCCAAGAUAUCUGGACUUGCCCCCUCCCCCCAGUCAGUAUCUUCUAAGUAGGCAUACACUUUUCUUUCCAAGGGCAUGGAGUUCACAUUUUGUCUCAACUAAUUAUGCAGAAAGUGUUAGUUACUUGUACAAAAUCUUUUUUUCUUUUUAAAGACAUAGUCUCACUAUGUAGACCGGGCAGUUCUCUAACUCAACAAGAGAUCUACUUGCCUCUGCCUCCCAAGUGCUGCAAAUGAAGUGUCCUCUAGUCGAUACAGCCUCUGAUAUAUGGGACCCAUAUUGUAAAGGCUGAUUAAAAUCGGAAAAUACUAAUUUUAGACAGGACAACUCUGUUAACUCAUACGUGUCUACCAUUGGUUGGGUUUCAAACCAUAACUGGAAUGAAGAAGUUACUGUCUGUAGAACAUUACAGCAGUCCACAGCCAGGCUUAAUAAGGGUACUUGUAUUAGACUUGGUAUGCUUAGGACCAAGUGUGGAACAGUCGACUUGAAGGAGGCGGGCUGCAGGAGGACCCUACAUAUCCAAGCCCCAACUUUCACUUUAAAUGCUCGCCCUUCAGUAAAGACAAUUCUGGAGUUUCCUUCUCUAUUGGAAAUCCACAACAGCCUAGGUUUUAAAACUUUAUUCUGUAAUUUAAAAUCACAGAGUCAGAAUUUUGGUGUGUAUUAAAAUCCACGGUCAUUUCUA